AUGGCAACUUCAAAAGGGAAAUCAAAAGUGUCGCCUUCAUCCUCAGAGGCCGCCACCAAAAAGACCUCAUCUUCAACUACCACUAAAUCCAAGGCGAAGCCUUCAAAAUCGGCGAUCGGGGCCCCGUCUCAGCUGAACCAGUCGAGCAGGAAGGGCAAGAAGGCAUGGCGGAAGAAUGUGGACAUUACGGAUGUUGAGGCGACGAUGGAGGAGUUGAGGGCGGAGGAGAGGGUUACUGGAACGACGAUUGGGCAGAUGAAAGAUGGCGAAUUGUUUUUCACUGAUGUGAAAGGCGACGAUAAAGUCCGACACAUCCUCCCCAAGUUCUCCACCGCCCAACUUACGUCCACCAAAAUUCUCGCACAGCGCUCCGCUGUGCCCGCCGUCUUCUCCCGCACCACCUCUUCCUCUUCGAAGCGGAAAUCUGCGCUGUCCCGUGAAGAAAAAGAGAGGCUUCUGCGCAUUGCGAAAAGGCCGAGGAAAGGCCCGUUCAAUAGCGUGCUCGACCCAUCUGAGUACAAGGAUGGUAGCGGUGUUGUUGAUCUCAGCGAAGCAGUGAAAAAGAGUGGGACAUACGAUGCGUGGGCACCUGAAGAGGUGCCGGAGGAGGCGAUGAAGGAUGGGAUGGAGACGGUGUACAAGCCGAAGGUUAAGCCCCCCACGACAAAAAAAACCAAAGACCUGAUCUCGAUUCCCGCCAUCGUGCAGCCCCAUCAAGGGACAUCAUACAACCCACCGGCAGAUGCACACCAAGAAUUGCUAGAAAAGGCCGCUGCAAUCGAGUUGAAACACCUUGAAAAGUUGGAGAAGAUGGCUGAGGUGAAGAAUAAGAUGGACAGCGCAAAAGUGACCGCGGAGGCCAGAGAGGAAGGUGUCGCCCCUGGGAUGAAGGUGCAGGAGAUUGGAGAUGUAGAUAUGGAUGACGGCGAGCAAGAAGAAGAAAAUCAGGACGGAGGGGAGGGACUGAAGACGAAAAAGGUGCCUGAGAGGAAAACAAAAGCGCAGAGAAGAAAAGCUGCGCGCGUGCUCGCAGAGCAACGUGCUCUAGCGCUGCGUGCACAGCGUAAACGUAUGCUCACUGCUAUAAACGAAGCCAAAUCGCUGCGCCGAUCUAACGCACGCGAGGCUGCCGCGCGCGAGGCAGAGCGGGAAGCCAAACGCCUUGCAGCCGAGGAGAAGCUCAAGACGCAAGGGUUGGCAGGGCAGAAACUCGGGAAGCACAAGGUCCCCGAAGGUCGGGUAGAAGUACAACUUGGAGAAGAUUUGAGUGAGAAUCUGAGAGGACUGAAGCCUGAAGGAAGUCUUUUCCAUGAUCGAUUCCAGAGUUUGCAACAGCGAGCAUUGAUUGAACCCAGAGUUCCUGUGAUACCUAAGAAACGUAGGAACAGGAUCAUUGAGUACGAAAAGCACGCAUGGAAAAGAUUCGAGUAG